AUGUUAAGUAUCGCCAAUCACAGUAAUUUGACAGGCGAACUUCCACUUGAGGCGACGAGACUCCUCACGUGCUUUGUAGAACAAUUGCCUAUUAACGCGCGACAGGUGCUCGUUAACAUAGACACGAUGAGGAGUGACAGGCGGGCCGAUGCCGGCGGAGUCGACGCCGCGACGCACCCGCGCAGCUUGCAGCAGCUCCUCUCGAGUGGAGCGGCGCACCAGCCGAACCACCAGGGCGCGCGGCCGCGUCGGUGUCGUGGCCCUUUCACUUCCCUACUC